AAUCAUAGAAAUUGUGCGAAAUCCUCUCUCAUAUCAUCCAUAAUAACAACAAUCAUCUUCAAGAUUCGCAAGUUAACCUUUAAAUGACGCUUUCCUAAAUCUUUAUUUUCAAUUAAUUAAAUUGGACAAUAGAUUGGUCCAAGUACGAUAUUACAAAUAAAAUACAAUUGUAUUUGUUUGAAAUAAUUAAAAGUUAGGAUGGCUGAUGAAGCAGAACAAGUAUUAGCAAUCAAUGUCAAAGAACCGCUGGAUUUGAUAAGAUUAAGUUUAGAUGAAAGAAUUUAUGUAAAAAUGCGGAAUGAAAGAGAACUCCGAGGACGAUUACAUGCAUAUGAUCAGCAUUUAAAUAUGGUCCUUGGCGAAGCAGAAGAAACAGUUACCACCGUCGAAAUCGACGAAGAAACCUACGAAGAAGUCUACAGAACUACCAAGAGAAAUAUUCCAAUGUUAUUUGUGAGAGGAGAUGGUGUCAUUUUAGUAUCUCCACCUAGUAUGAGAGCUCAAAUUUAAGUGCUACAUAUAUUUACUACUUACAUGAUAAAUAAUUUGUUUUAAAUAAUUAUAUACAUAAAAUAUAAGAUUUCUGGACAAAAAA